AUGCGGCGGGCGCUCGGCUCCCUGCGCUGCUACCUGGCGCUGCUGGCGCUGCUGCUGCUGCCGCCCGCGGCACGGGGCUCCCCGGCAGCGGGCAGAGAUACUACUUGCAAGAACCGGCCUCUAGACCUCGUGUUCAUCAUAGACAGUUCCCGCAGUGUCCGAACGGAGGAGUUUGAGAAAGUGAAAGUCUUCCUGUCAGAAAUGAUCGAUACUCUGGAUGUUGGUGAAAGGGCAACCCGUGUGGCAGUCCUGAAUUAUGCCAGCACUGUCAAGGUGGAGUUUCCCCUCCGGACCUACUUUGAUAAAGCUUCGAUGAAGGAGGCUGUAUCUCACAUCGAACCGUUGUCUGCUGGCACGAUGACCGGCCUUGCCAUCCAAACUGCCAUGGAUGAAGUCUUCACCGAGGAAAUGGGUACCCGGCCAGCAAACUUCAACAUCCCCAAGGUGGUCAUUAUUGUGACGGAUGGACGUCCACAAGACCAGGUUCAAGAUGUGGCAGCAAGAGCCCAGGCAGCUGGCAUUGAGAUCUACGCCGUUGGGGUGGACCGGGCAGACAUGCAGUCGCUGAGGAUGAUGGCCAGUGAGCCACUGGAUGAACACGUCUUUUAUGUGGAGACCUAUGGUGUGAUUGAAAAGCUGACAUCCAAAUUCAGAGAGACUUUCUGUGCUGUGAACAUGUGCGCGCUCGGGACCCAUGACUGUCAGCAGGUCUGCAUGAGCAGUGGUGGAUCCUACGUCUGUGAUUGCUAUGAAGGCUACACACUUAAUCCAGAUAAAAGAACUUGCUCAGCUGUAGACAUGUGUGCACCUGGAAGACAUGACUGUGGCCAGGUCUGUGUGAGUAACAAUGGCUCCUACAGCUGUGAAUGCCGUGAGGGCUACACCCUGAAUCCAGAUAAGAAGACUUGCUCAGCUAUGGACAUGUGUGCUCCUGGAAAGCAUGACUGUGCUCAGAUCUGUUUGAGCAAUGAUGGAUCCUACACCUGUGACUGUUAUGAAGGAUACACUCUGAAUGCAGAUAAGAAGACUUGCUCAGCUGUUGACAUGUGUGCACCAGGAAGGCAUGACUGUGAGCAGGUCUGUGUGAGAGAUGAUCUCUUCUAUACCUGUGAUUGCUACCAAGGCUACACCCUGAAUCCGGACAAGAAGACUUGCUCAAGAGCUACAACAAGCAGUCUUGUGACAACUGAAGAAUCCUGUAAGUGUGAAGCCAUAGCUGCACUGCAGGACUCAGUCACCUCGCACCUUGAAGCUCUGUCCACAAAACUAGAUGAAGUCUCUCAGAAGUUGCAAGCAUAUCAAGAGAGACAGCAGGGUGUCUGAGCUACCAUUCUACUUAUUUUUAAAAUGAUCUUUCUGAAUCAUUCAUUUUUUAUUCUGUUCAGCAAGCUUUAUUUCAUUGCACAGCUUACAAAACGGCAGCUGGUCUGAUAUUAUUGACCAAAAGUCAAGAAGACUUCAAGAAGACUUAGGGAAGACAAUGGUUUCCAU